CCACUGCAACUCAAUUUCACUUCCCCCCCCUCUUCCCGUCAACUUUCAUAUCUAGGGCACCAAGCUACCCUUUUCCUUCCUCCUUCUUCUCUUUUCCAUCUUCGCCCCCCUCUUCAAGUUAAUUCCCACUUCCAAUCCUCAAGCACAAGGCAGCCUCAAGCUCUCCUGAGUCCUUUGUUGCAUCCCGACACACAGCUACACACAUCCCCCGGUCAAGUCAAUCCGCGCGCGCAAACCUCCCCCCACCUUACCACCUCAAUCACCUAUCUCGACCUUUUGUGUGUCCUCAGCCUUCAAGAUGUCUACUGCCGUCGAAAACACCACCGACAACGUCGCCGCUACCCCCGCCGCCACCGCCCCGGAGGCUACUACCAACGGCACUGCUCCUGCUCCUGCCCAGUCUACGGACGCGGCCGCCGCCAGUGCCGAUGAAGGACGUCGGUUGUACAUUGGGAACCUCGCUUAUGCGACCACUGAGGGGGAGCUCAAGGAGUUCUUCCAGAACUACAAGAUUGAGAGCGUCUCCAUUCCUGUGAACCCCCGUACCAACCGUCCCGUUGGCUAUGCCUUCGUGGACUUGGCCACCGCUCACGAGGCGACCGCUGCUAUUGAGGAGCUGUCUGGAAAGGAGAUCCUUCAGCGCAAGGUCUCCGUGCAGCUCGCCCGCAAGCCUGAGCCUGCCGAGGCCAAGGCUGAGGGUGCCGCAAGUGGCGGUGAGGGCGCCAGCGGUGCUGAAGGUCGCAAGAGAUCUGGUGGUCGUGCCCGUGGCCGUGGCCGUGGCCGCGGUCGUGGUGGCCGCCUGCCCCGUGGAGGACGCUCGCCCCCAGCCCAAGCUGAGCAGGCCCCUACCGAGCCCAUCAACGUCCCUGGUCAGGUCGCCCCCUUGACUGAGGUCACCAACCAGAACGAGACCGUUGCCGCUCCUGAGGCUGGCAAGCAGGCCGGCAAGCCCCGUGCUCCUCGUGCUCAGAAGCAGCGUGGCCCUCCUGAGGAUGGAAUCCCUUCCAAGACUAAGGUUAUGGUUGCCAACCUUCCCUAUGACCUGAGCGAGGACAAGCUCAAGGAGAUCUUCGCCGACUACCAGCCCGUUUCCGCCAAGAUCGCCCUCCGCCCCAUCCCCCGCUUCAUGAUCAAGAAGCUCCAGGCUCGCAACGAGCGCCGCAAGGGUCGUGGCUUUGGCUUCGUCACCCUCGGUUCCGAAGAGCUCCAGGAGAAGGCCGUGAACGAGAUGAACGGCAAGGAAAUUGAGGGCCGCGAGAUUGCUGUCAAGGUUGCCAUCGACAGCCCUGGCAAGGAAGAUGAUGCCGUCCCGGUGACUGAGAAGACUGAGAAGACCGAGGAGGCCACCGAGGCCACCGAGGCUCCAGCUCAGGAGAAUGCUGCUCCGGCGGCGGCUGCUGCUGCUGCUGAGUAAAGGACAAGUUCGUUCCCCACCUGAACGAGUGAUCCCUGAUGGAAUAAUCAGGGAGGGAUCGAGGUGACGACAGAGUCGGGAGCCGUCAUCUGGAGGCGGUAUCUAGUCGUGGUCGUUCGUCAGGCGGCCAGUGUUGUCAUUUUUCCAGUCGGGGGUUGGAUAGAUGACAAGACAGCCACCGAAAACGUUCUACUGAAAAAGUUGUGGACGAUUUCAUCCUGAUUGAGUUAGUCUGCGCCGGAGGAGUGGUUAUCUUUUUCAACUUUUCUUUCCAAUAACCUAUCUUAUGUCUUGCUAUAUACGGAUUCCCGAAAAGGCUCCGUGCGGUGAGGCGGGAGACGAAAACCCCGUAAUGUGUGGUGGUGACGGAAGAACCUGGCUUUUGUUCACGAAUCUUGCUCUUGUGCUCCUGUAUCUUAGCCCCCAUUUAUCGAAGUGAUGAUUAGCCGCAAGGCUGGCCUUGUAAUGACG